AUGAAAUGUCUGAACAACCGUUUGAGCGAUGCGCUUGUCAACUUGAAAUAUGAUGAUUGUUGGAAGAGAAAAGGUAAUUGUGACAGUGACGGUAGUUCUUCAGUGCUGGAAGCAAAAUUGCAACAAUUAGUUGAAAAUUACGAAACUGAUGUUGAUGCGAUUGUUGAAAUCCUGAAAAAUUCAAAUAAGGACUCUUUAUCUGACGAAAAUAGCAGUUGGCUUUCUUCCAAAAAUAGUUUUGCCAACAUGCGGGUUAGUGAUAGUGAAACGACAGAAGAAGAAGCUAUUGCCAACGUUAGUGAUAUUGAAACGACAGAAGAAGAAGCUGACGAAGAAGCCAGCAGAUCACUCACCAUCAUCAGCACUGCACGUUCAUGCAAACUCACUUCAUCAUCAUCUGCUGUGGCUGUCUAUAACAAUCAGAUGAAUGAUCAGUCGGAAGUUGAUUUUGAAGAUGAUUUUAAUGAUAAUGAGCUAGAUGAAUUAUUAGAAGUCGAGAAAAGCAUUUUGAGCCAUCAGAAAAGUGAAGAAGCUGAAACAGAAGAUUUGGAAGAUACAGAUGUUGAAUAUGAUCAGGCUGAUGACACAAGUUACCAGCCAGCCGACAGCAAAUACCUUGAUGUCCUCAAAAAGUAUUUUGGGUAUUCUAAAUUCAGGCAGUAA